AUGCACACGCGCCAAGAUAUACAUUUUAACCAAAGUUUGUUUCUAUCUAUCUAUCUAUCUAUCUAUCUAUCUAAGCCUGUUUCUAUCUAUCUAUCUAUCUAUCUAUCUAUCUAUCUAUCUAUGCAUCUGACGUUGUCAACCAUUCUUUUUUCACAUAUACUAACGGUUUGGUUUAGAUUUUCACCACGACGAGGCGUCCUUUCUUUUUUCCGUCUGAGAACGCCACGAAUCUCUUCAGUUAUUUAUUUUUUCUUUCUUUUCGAACCUUCAUCUCUUACUUCUUCUUCUUUUUUUUUGACACGUAUCUAUUUCCCCCACUUCCUUGAAUCCUUUAUUUUCCUCUUUCUUUCUUUUCUUCUUUUCUUUCUUUCUUCUUUUGCUUUUCUUUCUUUCUUUCUUUCUUUCUUUCUUUCUAUAAAAUUGCUCAUCUUUCAUUCUUUUCUCUUUCUUUCUUUUUUCUUUUUUUCUUCUAUAAAUCCAGUGUCUUUCUGUCUUUUUUUUUCAUUUUUUCCUUCCCUGAAAUUGUCCUUUCCUUUCACCUAUCUGUGUAUCGUCAGUCUUUCUUUUUUCUUUCUUUCUUUCUUUCUUUCUUUCUUUCUUUUCAUAAACAUCCUUUUUUUCUUUCUUCCUUUCUAUAAAAUUGCCUCAUCUUUCAUUCUUUUCUCCUUCUUUCUUUUUUCUUUUUUCUUCUAUAAAUUCGUUCUUUCUUUCUUUCAUACUUUCAUGUUUUAUCGUUCUUUUCUUCUCUAA